AUGGUAUCGGCUAGCAAGUUCACAAAGGCCGAACGCGAAUUGCAAGCUGCGAGGCCGUUCGGCUACGGCCCUCGAAAGUUCUACGAGUCCAGCCACCUGGUGAAGGGGUCCGUGGACAAGAAACCCGGGGACGAGGCGAAGGGUGCGCCGGCACCAGAACCACCCAAACCUGAAGACGUCAAACCGGAGGACGAGAAGAAAACGAAGAGGGUCUAUGUCGCAAUGACGUCUGAUCGAGGUCUUUGUGGCGGCGUUCACAGUGGAGUUGCGCGUAGAAUCCGGCGCGAGCUGACCGAACGCAAAGCAGAAGGGGCCACCCAUAAGCUGGUCUGCGUGGGCGAUAAGUCGCGGGGCGUGCUCCGGCGGACGUAUGCGGAUAAUAUGCUCAUCAACGUCAAAGAUAUAGGUCGUAUUGCGCCCGUGUUCGCAGACGCGUCCGUGAUCGCCGCGGCCAUCGCGGAAUCUGGCUUCGAGUAUGACAUCGGGGAAGUGUACUACAACAAGUACUUCAGCCCCGUCAAGUACGAGAUGACCAUAGUGCCGUUCUUCAACAAAUUCCGGAUUGAGAGAGCGCCGAACAUGUCGGCCUUCGAUGACGUAGACGAAGACCAGCUCGAAAGUUACUCCGAGUGGACCCUCGCGGCACUUCUCUAUUACGCCCUGAAACAAGGCGCUGCUUCGGAACAGUCAGCUCGCAUGGCGGCUAUGGACAACGCCACUAAAAACGCAGAGGAGAUGAUCAGGAAGCUCACUCUCCUCUUCAACAGGACUCGACAGGCUGUCAUCACGAGAGAACUUAUUGAAAUCAUAUCGGGAGCCGCUGCGCUUAAAUAA